AUGGUAAUAUUCUUAUUUUAGGAGGAAAAUAAAAAUCAUCAUAUUUUAACAUCUGCUAAAAGUGGAUUUGGAGUAUUAAAUAUAGGAAAUAACUAAAUAAUAAUUAUUGGAGGUAAAGACAUUUUAGGAAUAUCAUAAACUACAGAGUUAUAUGACUAUGAUAAUUAUAAAGUUAAAAAAUUAUCAAAUAUGUGUUAAAAAAGGACUGAAUUCGGAUUUACAUUAGGAUUGGAUAAUAAGAUAUAUGUUCUAGGAGGUAUAGAAGGUAAAAAUAAAUAUUUAAAUAGUGCUGAAAGAUAUGAUAUAAAUAAUAAUAAAUGGGAAACAAUUAAUAAUAUGAAUUUCUAAAGAAGAGCACCUUAGGCAGUAAGUUUACCAGAUGGAAUAUAUGUAAUAGGUGGAUUUGAUGGAAAAAAUUAUUUAAACUCAUGUGAAAAAUAUGAUGAAAUAAGUAAUAAAUGGACAAUUAUUAGUUGCAUGAAUUAUAGUAGAUGUUGGUUUUCGGCUGUAGCUUCAAAUGAUAAUUAAUAUAUAUAUGUUUUAGGAGGAUUUAAUAAUUAAGUAUUAAAAAGCAUAGAAAGAUAUGAUAUUAUUGAAGAAAAAUGGGAUAUUUUAGAAAAUAUUAAUAAUCAAAGAUAUAUGCAUAAUUGUAUAUUUAUUAACGGUUAAUAUUUAAUUUGA